AUGAAACUUUGCCUCAAUGUCCCGUUCGAGAAGUAUCUCUGCGUGGAUGAAUUGAUUUGUUCCACGAAAGCUAGACACAACCUCAAGAGAUAUAAUCCUAAGAAACCCCAUAAAUGGGGCUACAAAAUCUAUGUCCUGAACGGCGUGAGCGGGUUUGCUUACAAGUUCGAGCCAGAAACUGGAGCUGAAAAUGUAGUUGAGCCCAAUGAGCCGAACCUGGGUUCUGCAGCAAAUGUCAUCGUCAGGCUAGCUCGUGAAUUUCCACGCAAUCAAAAUUACCGCCUAUAUUUUGACAACUACUUCACAUCCCUGCUACUACUAGAAUAUUUCGCUAAACAAGGAAUAUUGAGCUUGGGAACCAUUCGACGCAACCGAAUACCUGACUGCAAACUACCCGCAGAAAAAGAAAUCUCCAAAAAAGAACGUGGCUAUUCAGUCGAGUAUGUUGCCUGUGUCCAAGGAACAGAUAUUUCUAGAGUGGCCAGGAAGGACAGUAAAAUGGUCACACUUGCCCUCAGUUUUGUGGGUGAACUACCCAAGUCACAAGUAUCUAGAUACGAUAAGCCCCACAAGAGGUAUGUGACCAUUGAUAGACCAAACGUGGUGGGAGAAUACAACCGCCACAUGGGCGGUGUCGAUCUCAUUGAUAGUAUAAUGGGUAGAUAUAAAAUAAAACUACGAAGCAAGAGAUGGCAGGUUCGAAUGUUUUACCAUUUCCUGGACCUUGCCAUGUCCAAUGCCUGGUUACUGUACAAGAGGGUUUAUAAGACCAAGAAUACGAAUGGACCACUGCUGUCAUCUGCUGACUUUCGUGAAGAGAUUGGUACGGUGCUAUGUAAGAUGGGGUAG